AUGAUUCUCCGGCCUCAACUGAACCUCAACCCUCCGCUGCAGGAAAAUGGAGUUUGCCCUGAUGUUUACACUUAUAGUGUUCUUCUCAAUGGGCUGUGUAAGGCUAGAAAAAUGGACUGUGCAGAUGAAUUGUUCAAGGAGAUGCUUCACGUUGGCUUGUCCCCGAAUUAUGUUACGUUCACAACGUUGAUUGAUGGGCAUUGCAAGAACGAGAGGGUCGAUUUAGCUAUGGAUGUUUAUAGACAAAUGUUGGCUGAAGGGCUGGUGCCUGAUUUGAUCACUUACAAUGCCAUCAUCAAUGUGCUUUGCAACAAGGGGGAUUUGAAGGAAGCACGGUGUCUGAUUGAGGAGAUGAGUGUGAAGGGUUUGAAGCCUGAUAAGGUCACAUACACUACCCUUAUCGAUGGAAGUUGUAAGGCGGGAGAUUUGGAGACUGCGUUUGAGCUGAAGAAGAUAAUGAUUGAAGAGAAGAUCGCGCUUGAUAGUGUGGUUUACACGGCCCUCAUAUCUGGUCUGUGUCGGGAAGGGCGAGUUGUUGAAGCAGAGAAAAUGUUGAGGGAGAUGUUGAGAGUUGAUCUGAAAGCUGAUUGUGGAACGUAUACAAUGAUAAUGGAUGGGUUGUGCAAGAGAGGAGAAGUUAGGAGGGCGUCCAUGUUGCUUAGGGAGAUGCAGAGAGAUGGAAUCGCGGCGUCUGUUGUCUCUUAUAAUGUGCUUAUCAAUGGUUACUGCAGGGUAGGGCAGAUGAAGAAUGCAAAUAUGCUUCUCACGGCAAUGAUGAAUCUUGGGGUGGAGCCUGACGACAUCACCUAUAACAUCCUUCUACAAGGCUACUGUAAAUACAGGAAAACAGAAGAUGUCUCUAAACUGCGUGCUGCAAUGGGCCUAGUUCUUGAUUAUGCUUCGUAUACUUCGUUGAUUCAUAGCUUAGGCAGCAAUUCCCAAGACUAUUCCUCCAUCCCGCCUGGGUGUGGCGGCGAUGCAUAA